AUGGCGUGCGCCAUCCUCCGCCGCGCGCGCUCUCUCACCGCCGCCGUCGCCCACGCGACCCCCCGAGUUGCUGCCGCCUUCGCUUCCGCUUCCGCUUCCACUUCCUCCUCAUCCUCCGUCGUCGCGCCUCUGCGCUCCCCACUAGAUGACCGCCUUCUCCGCCUCCUCCGCUCCGAGAUCACCUACCUCGCGGAGCGCCGCCCUCCCUACCCGCCGCCGAGUAGCUUCAAGUCGUUUGCCGUGGAGGACCGCCCGGGGGAGCAGUGGGUGCGCCUCCGGGCCGCGCGCACCAGCGCGGGAGCCGGAGCCGAGGAGGUAAAGGUCGAGGCCACCAUGUUCGACGGCGCCGCGGAGCCUGUCCCCGACGACGCGCCCCUCUUCCGCCGCGUCGAGUCGCUCGAGCGCGGGCCCCGCCUCCACCUCAGCCUCAUCGUCGAGGUCACCCGGGGCGAGCGCGUCCUCGGCUUCAUCUGCUCCACCUGGCCCGACGACCUCGCCGUCCGCCACGUGCUCACCCUCAAGGCUGGCGGCAGCGGCGGUGGUGGUCGUGGUGGGCGCGAUUUCGAGAAACUGGGGGCUGAGGAGAGGGAAGCGGUGACGAAGUUCUUGAAGGAGAGGGAGGUGGACGACGAGCUCGCCGGAUUCUUACACGACUACAUGGCAAACAAGGAGAAGAUGGAGCUGCUCCGGUGGUUGAAGACUAUCGAAUCAUUCCUUAACAAGUGGGAUAAGAACGCACACAGCAGGUAA